AUGCACGCCGACCUCGCCAGGCUCCAGGCCAUCUUCGCCCAGCCGGAGUCCGUCGCCGGCCUCGAGAAGUUCACCGAGAUCGUCUACCGGCCAUCGCCGACGAUGCUCGCCACCCUCCUCACUCUCUUCGCCCAGGCCGGCCAGCAGCAGCAGCCCGCCACUGCCAGCCAGCUCCACGCCAACCCACUCUUCAUCCUCCUCCUCAUCAAGCGCAUCCUCACCUUCGCAGACCCCAUCGCACCCCACCAGCCACCCAGAAACACCCUCAGCCACCACUUCCACCAGCUCUUCCUGCCCAUCUUCACCGAACACUUGCACCAAUCUAACAGCCCUGCCAUCACUAGAAACUUCACCAUCUGUAUCGCCAAGCUGGCCUCCAGAUUACUGCCCCUCUCCUUCCAGGCUAACAGUAGCACCGGAGACCCUCUCGCCGCCCUCCUACUCCACGACCCACUCCAGCACCCCGCCCAUCUCGUCGCCGUCAGAGAUAUCGUAACCGAGCUUCAGAAAUCCAACUCCAUCAAUUCAGCCUAUCUUCUCCACCAGGUCACCCAGAAACACCUCCAGAGUCUCCUGCUCGUCUACCAGCACCUCACCACGGCCAUCCAGGACAUCUGGACCGGCAGUGCGGAUCAGGGGGUGGCUGAGGAAGAGAAGCAGCAGAAGUACGCGGGCGGCCACGCGUCGCUGCACGUGCUGCUGAAGAUCCUCAGGACCUUCGUGCCCUCGCUCGUCGAGCUCGGCCAGCAGGCCGUCUUCGCCCAAUUCACGCCCGCCUUCCUGGCCGACUUCCAAGCCGCCCUGGACAUCCAGCUCGCCCAGCCUCUCCCCCUGUCCCGCGCGCUGCCCGCCUACGGAACACUCUUCCUCCUCCUCCAGCCCCAUCUCCCCCCGGAGAUCUCCGACCAGCUGCUGGCCACUUACCUCAAGAUCCUCGAGUUCGCAGCCCACUCCCUCAUCCCCGCCUCCUCCCCCGACCAUCGCCUGCUCCGCGCGCUCCAUCCGAUCCUCGUCCAGGCGCUCAAGCUGCUCAACAGCGCCGCCAAUCCCUGGAGCUGCUACUGCGUCCCAGGCACGGACCCGACCUCAUCGACUAGGAGCCUCUUGGACGGGCUGGGCGCCGAGGAGGCCGCACGCUUGGUCACGAUCGUCCAGCCGUUCGUCGCGCUCGACUUGCGCGCCAUCGUUGGCGAAGGCGACGAGCCCUCGUUAGAGAUGGAGAUAGAAGUCGAAGAGCUCAACACCCCCGCCGGCGGCCAAUCGAUCAACCUCCCUCUCAGCGAGGGCGACGACCAUCUCAGCUGGCCCGACCCACACGCCGCACCCGCCCUGCUUGCCGAGAAAGCGCGAUCCUUAGUCUACCUGGACCAGCCUCACAGUGCACCGCCCGCCGCGACCCCCGCGUUCGGCCACCAAUGGCACCGGCUCCCUCCGUCGGACGCAUGUCGGGCGAGGAAGAAGGACCCGUUGCAGCGCGAGGCCGAGGCUUUGCUCGCCGCGUUGAAGGCCUCGAUCCCCGACGCGUGA